GUGCCAGCCAUGUUUCUGGAAAGUAAAGAGUUAACAAAAAAACAAACGUUUGGAAAGAAGCUUCAACGGGCAUAUAAAACCCUUCAUCAUAAAAAUACAUGUGUGUUUUUCCCCUGGCCAGUUGUGUCUGCAACUCAUUAUUUGCUGGCUUCACAUACCGUAAAGUGUCGCUCCUUUUGUGGUUGAACAGUUGCAACUUUUCAACGGCGCAGAACAUGCGUGGAUGUACAUCAACAUGACGAAUUGCACAAGUAACAACCAGCAGUUUUAUUUGAAGAAGAGGCUGUUCUAUAUGUACCCGGGCAAUGUUCUCGAAUGUCCAAAUCCCUAACAUUACUUGAGCGUGGAACGGUCAUUUUUUUCGCAUGAAUUACAAACGGAUUUGGGUCGGCUUUGUCGUUCCUUAAGAUUCAGGAUGAGAAAACCCAAAGUUAAUCGGAUGGUUCUUGCGAUGUGCUUGGGGUGUUUUAUAAUGGUUAUAUUCUAUUUUCAGAGCAACUUGAAACCAGCCUCAGCACAGGGUAGUGGGAGGAGCAGCGGCCAGGGGAAGUCAUGGAGGAGUCCACUCCAGAUGCUCUAUGACAGUGACCAGCUGGAGCAGUCGACGGUGCAGGGGACCCACCAGGGUCGGCGGGAGCUGCUGGAGGACGCCUGCCGCUCAUACACGCGCAAGCGUCGCGUGCUCAUCCCCGAGGACCUCAAGCACGUCAUUGUGGAUGACCAGCACGGCCUGCUCUACUGCUACGUGCCCAAGGUGGCCUGCACCAACUGGAAGCGUGUCCUAAUGGUCCUGACAGGCGCCGCUGGCCCCCACCGCGACCCCCUCGCCAUUCCCGCCAACGAGGCCCACGUGCCUGGCAACCUGCGCACCCUCUCUGAGUAUUCCACCUCUCAGAUCAACCAGCGGCUGCGCUCCUACCUGAAGUUUGUGUUCGUGCGUGAGCCCUUUGAGCGGCUCGUUUCAGCUUACCGCAACAAGUUCACACGCAGCUACAACACGGCCUUCCACAAGCGCUACGGCACCAAGAUCAUCCGCCGGCACCGGCCCAACCCCCAGGCCGAAGCACUGGAGCGGGGAGACGACGUCUCCUUCGAGGAGUUUGUGUACUACCUGGUGGACCCGGCCACACAGCGCGAGGAGCCCUUCAACGAGCACUGGGAGCGUGUGCACUCGCUGUGCCACCCCUGCCUAAUCCACUACGACGUGGUGGGCAAGUACGAGACGCUGGAGCAGGACUCCCGCUACGUGCUGCAGCUGGCUGGGGUGGAGGGCCAGGUGACUUUCCCUGCCUCGGCCAAGAACACCAGGACUACGGGAGACAUGGCCGCUCAGUUCUUCAACAACAUCAGACCCUUCUAUCAGAAGAAGCUGUAUAACCUCUACCACAUGGACUUCCUGCUGUUCAACUACUCCACGCCGGAGUACCUGAAAUUUUGAUGACGUUACGCUUCUUAGGAGGAGCCUUAGUUUGAACCAUCUAUCAUAAGCACUACGUAGUAGUUGGAACGUAGUAGUUGGAAGCGUGACAUUGUGCCCGGCCCCACUAGCUUAUUACUUCGGUGUAUAGCUGAUGUCAGCUAUUCUGGCGGCUUUUAACAGCUGUUGCUUAUAACAACAUUAUGUAUAACCUCUGACAGAGGGUUCAAAAGAAGUGGUACAGACACUUUUAACAUGGAUCCUGGGACUCUUCAAAGCACAGGUAUGUUUUACGGAGAGGACUAACCUGGUGAAAUCUAAGGAACUAAACAUAUCUUUCACAUCAAAAGUGAGAGUGGCUUUAAGAUGAGACAACGGGGAAUGGAUGGACACUUAAGAUGAAGAUGUUGUACUGUUAGCAAUGAGCCAAUGGAGAUUAAAUGAUUGCCUCUGUAUGUGUAAAAUGCACCUCAAGUGCACAUUAACUCAAAAUGACCAAACUUUGACACCACCAACAAACUUUGGUUACAAUUAUUAUUUUUUCUUUCAAAGUUUAUUUUGUCACCACCAUUCUACAGUAAGACUAAAAGGAACGCAAGCUAUCUGAAGUAAUAGGGGUGAUGAAAGUAUCUCUAUCAGUGCCUUUGAGUGGGCCUUAUGACUUAAAGGUGCAUGACAUCCUCUGGAAAUGUGACAUCAGUGUUUUCCUUAUACUGUAGAGAGUUGACUCUCAUUGGACGGUUUAUUUAUUGUGAUAUUUGUGUCCCAGUGUCAACAGACUGCAGAUAGAGCACACAUUUAGACAUUAGGAAUAACUACCAUAACAUCAGACAGUCAAAUAAACACAUCUAAGCAGUU